AUCUUGGUUGCCCCGCUCCCCCACUUCCGCUGUUUAUUUACUUAUCAAGUCUGCAGAUGACACAAAACAGGGAGGGGCUGCAGGCACUUCUGGAGGACGGGAUUAGAAGGAGGCAACGUGAUGAGAGGAGCAACAAAGGAGAGCAGGCCAGGGAGGUGUGACAAUGAGGUUUGGGGAAGACAAACAGAAGCAGCAGAGCCCGGAGAGACGAGGCAGGUGCCCCCCAGGCAGGCUGGCACGAUGCCCGCCUCGCGGCUGCAGCCCCUCUUCCCCCUCCUCCUGGCCUUCCUCGUCGGCUUGGCCCAGGCGGAUGAGCUGCUGGUGGCCACCCAGACCGGGCGGGUGCGUGGCAUCCGUGUGAGGGUGCUGGAUGGCCAGGUCUCGGCCUUCCUGGGCAUCCCCUUUGCAGAGCCCCCCGUGGGCCCACGCCGCUUCCUGCGCCCGGAGCCGGUCAAGCCCUGGAGCCAUGAGCUGGACGCCUCGUCCUACCGGCACGCCUGCUACCAGUUGGUGGACAACACUUACCCUGGCUUCCACGGGACGGAGAUGUGGAACCCCAACCACAACAUGAGCGAGGACUGCCUCUACCUCAACGUCUGGGUGCCCUCUCCCCGCCCCAAAAACGCCACCGUCCUGGUCUGGAUCUACGGAGGCGGCUUCUACAGCGGCUCGUCCUCACUGGACGUCUACGACGGGCGCUUCCUCACCUACACUCAGAACGUGGUCCUAGUCUCCAUCACUUACCGGGUGGGCGCCUUCGGCUUCCUGGCGCUGCUGGGCAGCCAGGAGGCCCCGGGCAACAUGGGCUUGCUGGACCAGCGCCUGGCGCUGCAGUGGGUCCAGAACAACAUCCAGUUCUUCGGGGGCAACCCCAAGGCUGUCACCAUCUUUGGGGAGAGUGCCGGCGGUGCCUCGGUCAGCAUGCACCUCCUCUCGGCCCAGAGCCGGCCCCUUUUCCAACGGGCCAUCCUGCAAAGCGGAACGGCCAAUGCUCCGUGGGCCACCAUCACCCCGGCAGAGAGCCGCCGCCGUGCCACGCUGCUGGGCAAGCAGGUGGGCUGCCACUUCACCAAUGACUCUGAGCUGGUGAGCUGCCUGCGCACGAAACACCCACAAGAGCUGGUGGACGAGGAGUGGUCGGUGCUGCCCUACAAGAGCAUCUUCCGCUUCUCCUUCGUGCCCGUCAUCGAUGGGGACUUCUUCCCGGACACCCCCGAGGCCAUGCUCAGCACGGGCAACUUCAAGGAGACGCAGGUGCUGCUGGGCGUGGUGAAGGACGAGGGCACCUACUUCCUCAUCUACGGGGCGCCCGGCUUCAGCAAGGACAACGAGAGCCUCAUCAGCCGAGAGGACUUCCUGGACGGCGUGCGCAUCGGGGUGCCGCACGCCAACGACAUCGCCGCCGAGGCCGUGGUGCUGCAGUACACGGACUGGGAGGACGAGGACAACCGCGAGAAGAACCGGGAGGCCAUGGACGACAUUGUGGGCGACCACAACGUCAUCUGCCCUGCCAUGCACUUUGCCCGGCGCUACGCUGAGCACGGCAACAAGGUCUACGCCUACUUCUUCGACCACCGCGCCUCCAACCUCAUGUGGCCGCUCUGGAUGGGCGUCCCGCACGGCUACGAGAUCGAGUUCGUCUUCGGGCUGCCGCUCAACGACAGCCUCAACUACACCCCCGAGGAGAAGGAGCUCAGCCGCAGGAUGAUGCGCUACUGGGUCAACUUUGCCCGCACAGGGAACCCCACGGAGCCCUCGGACAAGGAGGAGUCCUGGCCCGUCUACAACCUGUCCGAUCAGCAGUACGUCAAGCUCAACACGCAGCCGCUCAGCACCGACCGCAGCCUCCGGGCCCAGAUCUGCGCCUUCUGGAACCACUUCCUCCCCAAGCUCCUCAACGUGACCGAGUCUUCCAGGCAUUGUGCUGAGUCCAGCUGGGGGCCCGGGGGGCCCUCCGCCCCACUGGUGGUCCUCUUCCUCCUCCUCCUCCUCUUCCCCCCAUGGCACCUCCUGUCCUGAGUGCCCCACGGAUCACACUGAGAGAAGAGCAGGUGGAAGCCGCUGCUGCCUGCCGCAGACUGGCGGAGGGCUGGGCCGUGGAGAAGGGGGGAGGGGGCUCAGCCCAGCUGCUGCCGCUGUUGCCGCUGCUGCUAUGGACUGGGAGGUCAAGAGGGGCCUAUGUCCAGGGGUGUCGUGGGAGCAGAAGGGCAGAGGGGUGGGCAGGAGGCAGGGACUCACUGGGCACGCAGCCCCACAGGAGCCCGCAGGCAGCAAAGGCAGGCUGCCCUUUGGCAUUGCGGCGGAUUGACUUUGGGAGACAAAGACCCGUGAGCCAUCCGGCAUGGAUUUUGAGGCGUGCUGCAAACCGGAAUGAGCCGUCUAGGCAACUGAGCCCCGCAGUUCUUCCGUGACAAUCCUGCUUGUCCCGGAACCAGCAUCUGGACCCCUGAGAGCCCAGCAGUGCUUCCCCUUUGGGCUUGGGGUAGAACAGUUGGAUUUCGGGAGCGGGACACACAAACGGAAAUUCCGAUUUCGGCAACUGAGUGGAGGGUUUCCACCCAGUUGCAGCAGGAUGGAGUGGAGAGUGUCUCUGGUUUUAAGGGCAAAGCAGGCAGACUGGGAGACAAUGAGCCCCUUUUCACAUUUUCCCAGUCCACCCCCCCCUCUCAGCACCAGUGUCUGCCUUUGAGAAAAGCUUGUGGCGGGAGAGAGGCAGGGAAGUGAGCCACUGUGUGAGGGGGCUCAGCACCCCCUGCUCAGGCUCCCCAAACCAGACCUCCCACCCACCUUGCGGCAAAUGUCUGGUUCAGGCACAGUGUCGGGAUGAGUCAGGGUCUCUGUGUGUGUCUGUAUAGCUCGUUUUCAAUGGUUUUAUGGUUCUGCUCCUGUCUGGUGUUUCGUUGUUCUCGUUUCAUGUUCACAUGCUUGAAACUUUGUGGGUUUUGUGUUCCUGAGGUCCCUGUUUGGGGGAAUGGCAAUAAGAAUCAGUCAUUUCAAGCACACACAGUCUUUGGCGCUUUGCAAUUUGGGGGGAGGCGAGGCACGAAGCAAGUGGGAGAUCCACUCUUUCCAUCUGCUCUCCAACUGCAUGACCAGAGGGGGAAAACAGAGGUGGGGG